AUGUCCUCAUCCUCAGCCACGCACGAGCCCACAGACGAAACCUACACCCAAUACUCCUUUUCUCCCAUCGACAUCGACGAGCCCGAUGUGCCCCGUCACCAGCGAACGGCGUCUGGCGAGCGUAACCCCCGGCUGCACGGCUCCAUCAUUGCAUUCGACUCCAGAACGCCGAAGGCAGACAGCGUGCCGAACAGCUACUCGCUGCCGCUGUCAUGGCACAGGCUGAGCUACAGCGUCGGCAAGAAGCGCAUCCUGUGCAGGCUGACGGGGACUGCGCUGCCCGGGCGAUGCCUCGCGAUCCUCGGGUCGUCCGGUGCCGGCAAGACAACGUUCCUGAACGCGAUCUGCGACCGACUAGCGUCUGGCGGUAAGCUGAAGCUGAGCGGGAGGCGCCAGCUGGGCGACUGUGAGUUCGAGCGGCACUUUCGCAAGGCGAUGGGGUUCGUGGCGCAGGACGACAUCAUCUCGCCGCUGUCGACGCCGUACGACGCGCUGUGGUUCUCGCUGCGCACGCGGCGCGGGACGAGCCGUGCGGAGACGGCGGAGCGUGUGCAUGAGGUGCUGAAUGUCCUGCGGUUGCGGCACUGCUGCGGCACGAAGGUCGGCAUUCCCGGCCUGGAGGCUGGGCUGUCUGGUGGGGAGCGCAAGCGGUGCAGCAUCGGGAUCGAGCUGAUCUGCGACCCGAAGAUCCUGCUGCUUGACGAGCCGACGUCUGGGCUGGACUCCGUGACAUCUGCGAAGGUGGUGCACCUGCUGCGCCAGCUGUCGCGGACGGGCCGCACCAUGAUCUACACGAUCCAUCAGCCGACUGCGGAGGUGCUGUCGUACUUCGACGACGUGAUGCUGAUGACGCAGGGCCGCAUUGCGUACCACGGGACGAUGGCUGCGUCGCUGGACUACUUCGAGUCCAUCGGGUUCCCGUGCCCGGACAAGUACACGCCGACGGACUACUACAUGGUGCUGCUGCAGGACAGCGUGACGAGCAAUGUCCUGAUCAAGCGUUGGCGCAAGUACCUGAAGAACGCACCUCGCACGCCGCACACUGCCGCUGUGCGUCUCGCGAGGAGCCGCAGUGAUUCGUCUGCUGCGCGGUUCCUGGAUGCGUACAUUGCGAAGUUCGGCAGCUCGCCGGCUGUGCAGUUGUACGAGCUGACGCUGCGCACGAUGAUAGAGAUCUCGCGCGACUCCCUGUACCUGUUCUCGUACAUGGCGCAGGCGAUCUUCUUCGCCGUCGUUGUAGGCCUGAUCUUCUUGAACGUGCAGGACAAUAUAGAGGGGGUUCAGGAUCGCCAGGGCGUGCUGUUCAUGACCGUGAUGAACCGUGCCAUGAGCUCGACGUUCAUCAUGAUCAAUACGUUCAACAAUGUGCGUGCCGUGUUCAUGCGUGAGCAGCAAGCUGGUGCGUACUCGCCGCUGAUGUUCUUCCUUGGCCGCAGUUUCGCCGAGUUUCCCGUGCAGAUUCUUGCCGUGCUGGUGGAGAGCUGCAUCCUUUACUGGACGGUGGGGCUGCAUCAUCAUCCCGGCUCCUUCUUCUACUACUUUGGUGUGAUUGCGCUGCUGUCGCAGGUGGCAACAGGCCUCGGCUUCGCGAUCUCGACCUCGUUCCCGUCGCUUGUGGUGAGUUCUGCGGUGGCGCCUCUAAUUUUGAUUCCGCUGGCUCUAGGCGGUGGCCUUUUCGCAAGCACGGACCGUCUGCGCCCGUACUGGUACUGGCUGGAGAAGCCGUCCUUCAUGCGGCACGCGUACAUCCUCGUGCUGCGCAAUGAGCUACACAAUGUGCACCACAUUGCGUGCGACUACUACCGCUGGGGCGACGGGUACUGCAUCAACCAGCCGCGUGACGGGGGCACAGUGAUGCGUCUGCUCGGGUUUGACGGUGAUCCGCAGUCGGCGAGUGUGUACAUGUGGGUGUCGCUCGUGGUUAUGUUCUUCCUGCUCCGCAGCAUCAGCGUGAUUGCGCUCACCGUGGCGAGCCGUUCGAGAACGGGAUGA